AUGCACGAAAACUCUGGUAAUAUCAACUCUGUCAGAGCUGCUGAAGCCGGUAAUCUAGAGGCAGCUCCCACCUGGGCGGGACACGGCCGUAUUGACUAUGCUUCUUGGGGGAUCAGAAUAUACCUUCCCGACAUCCCAGGUUCAGCGGUGGGGGGCUGUGUCUCUUGCUGGCUUCUUCAAGAGAUGUUGACAAAGCUGAACAGGGGCAACUUGGACUGCAGCGACCCUGAACUUUGGCUGGAGAUUGUCUUCUGUAAAGGAAAUGUUAUGAGACUGAAUCUUAUUCGUGGAAGUCCACCUGAGGACGACUUUGAUAUGUUCUCUUCAGGUGGAAACAGCUCUGAAGGUGAUAUUGUCGAGAGCUACGAGAUAUACACUCUCCCUGGUUCUCCCUGCCCUUGGCCAACAAUCGGUCCAUGCAUGAAUAUCGAACGACCAGAUUGGAGUCUUGAUGCUGAGUUUGGCGGGCAAGCGAACCACAUCGAGCCUGACCCUACUUCUAAAUCGUCUUUCGAUAGAGCAAGGAGUUGGAUAAAGGCGUGCAAGGAAAGUCAUACCAUCUGUUCCGAAGCAGAGUCUGCAUCCACGUCGAAACUACCCAAGCGAGUCGUCGACAUUGGACCUGAAACAAAUGACGGGAUUCACAUCUUCACGCACGAUGACUCCAAGCACCAGAUUACUGAGCAAUACAUUGCCCUAUCUCAUUGCUGGGGAAAGACUCAACAUCUCAAGUCGACGAAGGACACUCUUGAACAGUGGAAAAAGAAUAUUCCUUUCGGCCGCUUUGCCAAAACCUUCCAGGAUGCCAUUAUCAUCUCACGAGAGCUGGGUAUCCGGUACAUCUGGAUAGACUCGCUUUGCAUUGUUCAAGAUGAUACAAAAGAUUGGGAAAUAGAAGCGGCAAAGAUGGCGUCCAUUUACAAUGGUGCUGAGCUAGUUCUAUCAGCUACUGGAUCAGUCGAUGGAUCUGGUGGUUGCUUAUUCCCACGAGAGCCCUACGUGACGGUCUCAGGUACCUUUCCGGAUGGAAAACCUUUUGAGGUGUACGGGAGAAAAGCUGCUCAGCAUACUGCUUUUGGCUGGAAUACCGAUCGAAACGUGGCGAAAGGCUCUUCGAAUCCCCUUGUCGGAACUAUUGAGCCCGACAUCCUGAAUCACCCGCUUUUGACCCGAGCCUGGUGUUUCCAGGAGAGAUUGUUGGCUACGCGAAUCUUGCACUACACUAAGAGUGAGAUGAUAUUCGACUGUCUCUCGUCUAUGGACUGUGAGUGCGGCGCACUUGAAAAACAUGAAGACGACCCGCUUGUGCCAGCACGCCGGAUUAUCAAGACAGGCCACAAGUUUAUCACAGGUACCAAGAGCUAUAGGGGAACUUCCCUUAGACCUUCUAAGCCUCUUGAAGGGGAGGUGAAGGAAUUUCAAGAACAUCAUGAGCUUUGGCGAGAUUUGAUCGUACAGUAUUCUCAGAAGCAAAUCACCUUUCGAACCGAUGGUCUCCCUGCUGUCGCAGGAUUGGCCACUGAGUGGUCAGACAAGCUGACUGGUAGAUAUCUUGCUGGCCUGUGGGGAAAAGAUCUACUAAAUGGCCUGCGCUGGAUGCCAGACGAAAAGGACUCCGAAGAGGAGUUGAGUUACAUUGCGCCUAGUUGGAGUUGGCUCAGUGUACAUCGUGGUGUGACAUGGGGAUUGGAGAGUUUUGAGUACGACAAUUACUUUGUCACAGUCGACUUUACUCGCACAGCCUGUCCUCUCAAAGGUGAAAACAAGUUUGGACAGGUGAACUGCGGCUACCUAUUUCUCAUAGGCCAUGCUAUGUCUGUGACUUUUACCAUUGACGGAAAUUCGAUUUACUUAGAAAAACCAGGGGACUCUGUCAGAAAGCAAUUGGAAAGACCUGACAGUCUAUUUCGUUUACGAAAUCUGAAGACUAAGGACUUAUUGUGCUUGAGACUCUGUACAAGACUGAGUACGAGAAAUGCCUGGGACGAUGACGGUGCGUUGGUUUUGGUCAAGGCGGAUAAGGAAACGCUGGAUAAGCAGCCUGAUCUACCCAAAGAGGUCCGAGAGUUUGGAAGUGUUUAUCAGAGAGUGGGAUAUAUAACGAAUUAUAUGACGAAAGGGUGGAAUCACGAGCGGGAUUCGAAUAACAUGGAGAUGUAUAUAAUUUAG